GGUCCUUAUCCACUUGAAAAUGAAGUAGAUCCAGACCUGAUUAAUGCAGGUAAGGAGACAGUCACUGUUCUUCCAGGUUCUUCAUAUUUCUCUAGCGAUGAAUCAUUUGCAAUGAUAAGAGGAGGCCAUGUUGAUUUGACAAUGCUUGGAGCUAUGCAGGUGUCUAAGUACGGUGACCUGGCCAACUGGAUGAUUCCUGGUAAGAUGGUGAAAGGAAUGGGGGGUGCCAUGGACCUGGUAUCCAGUGAGCAGACCAAAGUGGUUGUCACCAUGGAGCACUCAGCCAAGGGUAACGUCCAUAAAAUCUUGGAAAAGUGCAAUUUACCACUUACUGGAAAACAAUGUGUGAACCGCAUCAUUACAGAGAAGGCUGUGUUUGAUGUGGACAAGAAAAAGGGGUUGACCCUUGUGGAAAUCUGGGAGGGACUGACAGUGGAUGAUAUCAAGAAAAGCACUGGCUGUGACUUCACAGUUUCGCCAAAACUAAUACCAAUGAGGCAGAUUUGAACGUGAAAUACAGACUGGGCUUAACUUGCCAGAAGGCUUGUUUCCAAAUUGAAGCUCGGUGAAGAGAAAUCGAUGACUGUUUUGCAAUUGUA